AUAUCUCAGUUUAUAACAUUUAUAGUAAAGGCAAGGCUAAACUAGAAAUGUCGAUAUGACUUUACUUUUAAUUAUAGAAUCUGAUCAGUUGGUCUAACCUACUCAAAUGUUUUUGCCCAAAUAUCUACCACAAAGUAUAUAAGUUUUUAAGAUAAUCAUGAAACUAUAAAUCUACUUCUAAAGAGCUCCUGAUGCUGCGGUGGACUACAAUAUUGUCUCAUAAGUCUACAUAGUAAGUUUUUAAAUAAUAUGACAAGGCAACAACUUAAGAAUUCUGGGAAACUUAUCAAAAAAUCUUGUAUUCCGAAGAACGAUGUUACUGAAGAGCAAGUCGGAAAAAUAGAGCAAGGAAAGUUCUUAGAAGAGAGAAAUGUUAUGUGUUACAUCGCCUGCAUAUAUUCGAUGACUCAAGUUAUAAAAAACAAUAAACUAAGCUAUGAGGCUGUAAUAAAACAAGUGGAUUUGAUGUUUCCGCCUGAUAUGAAAGAUGCAGUGAAGGCUGCCGCAGAAAAGUGCAAGGAUGUUGGUAAGAAAUAUAAAGAUGUAUGUGAAGCCUCGUAUUGGACAGCCAAGUGUAUGUAUGAUCACGAUCCGAAAAAUUUUGUUUUUCCGUGAAUUGUAGUUCAAUAAAUGGUAUUGUUUAACAA